AUGGAGUCCACGAUCGACCUGUUUGCGGAAUUCCUCCGCCUGAGGUACCCGUCGUUAUCGUCGGAAUUUUUAGAAUUUAAGACCAAUCACGCCGCGAACUCACCCGCGGCCUCCGUCGCACCCGCCGCUCCCGUGUCCCCGAUACUCGCGAGCAAAACUCCUGUGCCGACCGUUGCGGCCUCGGUUCCAGUCCUGCGUUCAUCCGUAACAAACGUCGCGGCCGCGUCGUCCAGUGCGUCCACCCGAUCUUCCGUGGCCUACGUCGCGCCUGCCGCCCCCACCUGCAAGUCGCCCACGCCCUCCUCAUCCGACUCAGAGUCGGACAUGGAGGUCGACCCUUGCUCCGCCGCCCCGACUGAUGGAUUCACAGUAGUCCAAAAAGGUAAAAAGCGCGCUGCGGAGGCCCGAGCUCCCGCGGCUGCUAAAGUAAGCAAAGCCGCGAACGCGUCGCGUCCCCGCCCUCCAACCCCCGUCGCUCCCGCUGUCCGUGCCACACCGUCGCCGCGUCCGGUGGCGCAAUCUAAAACUCAGACCCCUCCCCCGGAGGAGCGUGAACUCCGCGUUGUCAUACGUGGAAUCCCGAAGGAGCUAGAUGCCGAUCUCGUCAAGGCCGAUCUGAUAGAACAAGGCCUACCAGUAAAUUCCGUGCACCGCAUGCACACCGGCCGCGGUAGGGAGCCAUACAAUAUGGUUCUAGUCGCCCUCCAGCCUACCCCCGAGGAUUACAAGUUGACAAAUGGAUACUUUUAA